ACUCUCUGAAGGCGACCUUCAAAUGCGCUCUUCUUUCACAGGAAUUCGGAGGAUACGAGAGAUCACGAAGCCUCGCUCUGCCCUCCUCCACUACUGCUGGAUCGGAGCAAAAUGGUGGGAUAAACAAAUACUGGGUCCUCGAGUUAAGACUGAUCAAGGUAUUACACACUAUACUACUAAACACAGUCAUAGUGGUUUGAGAAAACUGGUCAGAAGCACCUCAAGUGGAAUAAUUUGGGUUGGAGAUGAUGAGAAUCUCUUUCCUGUUACCUCAACACGAGACAUACAGGUGAAUGUUGCUCAGUUUAAGGAUGAAUGUAAAGAAAAUGAAAAGUGUGAGUCUGAGUACAAAAUCUCUCUGAUCAGUGAUGGAGUCGAUGGAAAUCUCCUGUUCAUGUGUGGAACUAAUGAUGAAAAAACUAAGUGCUAUAACAUGAACUUAGACUAUUCUUUAGUUGACGGCUUCGAAUUCACUUACGAAUUAAAUAUGAAUGAUCCUUCAUUACUCAUAGGUGAUAUGUUGUACUACAAGUCUACUUUGGGACUGUACCAGAUAAACCGAAAAACAGGUGCCAAGAUCUGGCCUUAUUCUCCUGUAGCAGAGCAGAAGUAUGUGAAGCUGGUUGCUGGUAAUGGUCAAGACAAGGACAAGGUUUAUUCAUUCUUCACAGAGAAACACAGAAGUGACAAUGGAGGCUCUGAAUUCGAUACCUGGAUCCCACGAGUCUCACAGAUCUGUAUGAAUGACAAAGGAGGAUCUAAAGACGUCAUUCAGUUCAGUUGGACAUCUAUGAUCUACACCCGUCUGUCCUGUGGAGCUCCGGAGUUGUCCUUCACCCAGCUUAUAGACGUGGCCACUGUUGACAAUGACACCAAGAUUUAUGCCCUCUUCAGAAACAUCUGGAACAUGAGUGCCGUGUGUGUAUAUAAGAUGACUGAAAUCAGCAGAAUCUUCAGUUCCUCUGAAUUCAUGGAGAUUAAAAACAUGAAACGUCCUGUGAACCAUCGGCCUGGACAGUGUGUUGAUGACAGCACUCGUCUAAGUCCUGAUAUAUUGAGGUUUAUGAAAGAGCGUCCAGAAGUGAAAGAUUCGGUGAUGCCGGAGAACAAACCCCUGCUGUUUAAACACCAUCAUUACACACACAUCCAGGUGCAGAGACUAGAGAACAGUACAGUACUGUUUCUGGCUUUAGAAAGUGGAGGGAUCCAUAAAGUCUUAGAAAGUUACACAGAUGAUCCAGUAUUCAUCAUCGCAGAGUUUCGGCCGUUUCCACACAGGACUCCCAUCAGCAGUAUGCUGUUAGACGAAUCUGAGAAGCGUCUGUACGUGAGUUUUGGUACGGAGGUGAUUCACAUCGACCUGCAGAGGUGUGACCUGUAUGGAGAUCAGUGUGAGCAAUGUCUUUUAUCCAGAGACCCCUAUUGUGGUUGGAACGGUUCACAUUGUACCCACGUCUCAGAAAAUUCAAUCCAGGACAUACAGCUUUGCAAUUCCAGAACAGAAAUCGCUGCCACAGCGCCGGUGUUGAUCAUCCCGCCCUCCUCUAGAUAUUAUCUGCACUGCCCAAUAAUAUCAAAUCACGCCUCAUACCACUGGUACCACGGUAAUACCCAGGAGGAGUGUGUACGGGCCGAUCGGGACUGUCUCUAUCUCAUUGAAAGUAUGAAAAAAACUCAUGAAGGUUCAUACAGGUGUGUAUCUUCAGAAAAUAAUUAUCACAUAAACAUCAACAGAUAUGAGCUGAUUAUGAGCUCUUCACCAGCACUUACCGCUAACACAAUAGUUUUACCAUGUUUAUUACUUCUGUUGUUUACUCACCUGUUAUUAUAGAUGAAUCCUCUGAACACAUUCACUGGAUAGAGGCUCAAUUGUUCAGUCUGUUAUUAGAUGAUUCAUUUUAGCUUUUGUCUAAUUUGAAGAGUUAUAUGUGAUAAAUGCCAUUUUUGAACAAAUGAGUUACUGCCAUAAUCAGUAUUGUAUCAGGUUAUUAUUUAAAAGUAAAUUCUUUAUUUUAUGCAAAAUCCAAUAUCCAGCGUGUUAUUUUGUCAUCUUUUUUCCCAAAACGCGAUAAACACCACCUCUUCCUUUUCUACAGAAUGCAAUAAAUCCGCUCCACAAAUCACAGUGCACCAUUCCACGCAAUGUAAACAAACAAUGGCGGCGCGUUGAGAACACAGAAUUCUAGUUUUCCUCAUCUACUUUGUACUUCGUGAUCACCAAACAAACACAAACAAAAUAAUACUUUAAUUGCAUUGAUAAACCUGUGAUGGUUUUCUGUGACAGGAAAGAAACGUAAGUCAUCAACAUCUAAUAAUUUACGCAAGAGGCACUCGGGAGACCGGUGCUUGUUUGGCCGGGCCGACAGCAUCAAGUUUCUGUCAUGAUAACACAUUGACCCCAAAGGAUCUUAUGAAAAACUUUACAUAAUUUUACUCAGUCAACGAAAAUCGAGCAGGACCAAAACAUUUUACAACUGAUCGCUGUGAAAAACGUUAAGCGACGACGUCAAGUAUAACCGCGGCAAUGACAGUGUUCUUAAUAUGACAAGUAAGUGUUUUGAUUAAUGACAUUAAUGUUUAAAUUUUUAAUUAGUGUGUACAACUAGUCAACUAAUGAAUAUAACAUGGCAAAGAUGAAUGCACAUUUAUAUAAUGAUUCAAUAAAUUUAUUGCAUUUCGGAAAAAAAAACUUGAUUGCAUUUUGUGGAAAAAAUAAUUAGUUUUUAUAAUAAAUCUUUGAAAAUUAAGUUAUUGAUUUGAAUUUUUAUGUUAUUAUAAUCUGAAGAAGCUAUGUGAAAGUUUGAAACAGAAAAUAGCGGUUUUCAUCUUGUCACUUUCUUGGUAUAGAAAACACGUUUUUAAUUGCGUUUCAGAACCAAACUCUUCAUUUAUGAAUAAUCGGUUUAUAAGAGGCGUCUCAUACACCCUUUAUAAAGUAUGCAAGAGGUGAUUGAAAGAUCAAAUGAGUUUGUCAGGUGUCCAUGUGUCGUCUGUUGUGCUUAUAGGAUGAUUAUUUAUAAUUUAGUGAUUCAUUUAACUGGAUACGGAAAGAUGAGGAGUGUUUAGCUGUUCUGUUUUUUUAUCAUCAGUGUUUUCUGUUUUUGUUAAAAUGUUGAGUUCAUCAUCAACAUGUAGCAUGUAACAUUGAUAUUGCUUGGGUUGAGAUGCAGUGUGCUUUUUUUUUAUUAAACUCCAGGAGAAUGCACAUUAAUAAUACAUAGAUACACCCGAUUUAGCCAGUAUUGACAAAUUUUCAUCUGUAGUCUCUAUGAUCCUACCUUAGAUCCUCACGUGCAGAAUGUUUUUAUUGUUGUGUUUUUUAGUUUAUUUUUAAUAAUUUAUUUACAUUAUCAUUUCAUAAUCAUUAGUUAUCCAUAUAAUUGUUUAUUUGAUUAUUCAACACUAUUGCAUUUCCUUAUUAUCAAUUUCAUUAUAUCAUUCUUAUCAUUAUAUUGUUUAUUCAUGUAUUCACUCAUUCAUUAUGGCUCAAGGUUUGUGGGAUGUUGCUAUUAAGUAGUUUCGGUAUAACAGAGUUGAUGUUGAAUUCAUGCUGGUUAGACGAAGUUUGAACAUUGAGAAAUAUGCAACUGAAACUGUCCAUCAAUAAAACUUCGUUCCUAUUUUACCAUCAUAAA